AUGCCAUUGAGGCAGUGUGGGCUGAGGGAUAUGCCCACUGAGGCAGUGUGGGCUGGUAAGCUCUUCCCGUGUCGAGGGAUAUGCCCAUUGAGGCAGUUUGGGCUGAGGGCUGUGCCCAUUGAGGCAGUGUGGGCUGGUCACAUGGGUUGCGGCAGAGAGCCUCCCAUAGCUGUGUCGCCCCGAAGAGGCUCUCGAGCAAAGAACCACGUAUUCAUGGCGGUAACAAGCAAAAACGAAUACGAGUUCACAGCUAGGACCAAGCGGUUCUUCAACUGA